GGUCGCGUUUCCCCAAAAAGCGAUAGCAGUCAAUUUUCUUUUGUUUUUUGCUUGUAAAAAAAUUAAUUAUAUUAAUCGUGGAUCGGUAGUGCAAAAUGAACAUAAACAACAAAGUGCAAUAAAUAUCUGUGAUAAUAAAUAGGAAGCUUCGAAAUGAAACAACUUUGAAUGAUAUGUCACGGCAAAAAAUGUCAAAGGUCCCAACAACUUUGUUUACAUUGGAAAAUAAUCUCAAGCAAAUAGUUCUGCAUAAUUUAUGAAAAUAUUAAAUCAAUAGAUAUUUUAACAAAUUUCGAAAGACACAUUUGUAGCCAAUUUGUAUGGCUAAAACACGUGAAUAACACAUACAUACAUAAAGAGAGAUUGUGUUGAAUAGACCAAAAGAGAGAUAGAUAGUGAAAGGAAGACGAGUACAUAAUAUAUGUUGAUACUUAAUUUUAUAAAGGCAACGCGCAACGUGAAUGCACUGACAUAAACCAAUCUUCAAUUGAAAUAUUGGAAAGGGAAAGACUCCCAUUUUCCGCAUACAGCAGACAACUACGCAAAUAGAAGGAUAUCAAAGUGUAUCGAGUGAAAAUACACAUACACAUCCACAGAUAUUUAUAUAUACACAUCAUUUCCUCCCUCCUAUAUUGGCGGGACGGAUAGGAAAACAUUUUGAUGCUACCUUUAAACGGAUGAGCGUAUAUCUAAUAGAAGGAGCGUGUGUGUUGAGAGGUUUGCAUUAUUGCAACAAGAAUCGAUCAACAGGCUCCGAUCUAGUGUACCACGUGAAUUGCAUUUAAUAAAUUAAGUGCAAAGAACGUGGAGCGAAAAGGGUUUUGAUUUUUCACGUUCGAAAAAUCAGAUGGAUGGAAAUGCACAAAACAUGUUUCACGGAAAUCAUCAAGGAGACCCGUACUACCGCUAUGAUCCCUCAGCUGCAGCAGCCGCAGCUGCGGCGGCAACACCGCGUGCGAUGGGACCGCCGGGCGCCUAUCCACCCCGUCACCGGGCUCCGCAUCCGCUGCAGCAACAGACCCAGUAUCCAACGUAUCAACCGACAGCGGAUAAUAUCUAUGGACUGGCGGGUGCUGACCAGCACGGCCUUGGUAUGGGCGAUUUAGGUGGCUGGGGUGCAGCGCCAAGUCAGGUCGGUGCUUAUCCAGGUUCUGGUUUGAGCGCGUAUGGCCAUCCCCAAGCAGCACCACCCACGCAGCAGCGGCAGCCAACCGCACAACCAAGUUAUCGUCAGCAUAUGCCCACCUAUGGUCAGCAGGAUCAACAAAAGUUAGCAUAUGCAUCGCAGCAAAUGGGCAUCGGCGGAUUAUUGCAGCAACCCGGGCCGAGUGUUAGUGCUGCCGGUUACGGCGCCUUGUCACAGACACAACAACCGCAGCAACAACAAGCGCCUACUCCACAGCAACAGCAGCAACCAAACCAACAGCAAGCUCGCUUGCCACAUAACUAUCCCCAGGCACCGGGUCAACAUCCACUAUAUCCAGUUGCGCCGACAUCAGCGGGACAAACCGGUUCUUCUGUGCCGGUACCAGGCGGUCCACAGGGUUAUACGCACAGUCCUUACGGUAAUCCUAUGCAACAUCAAUCGAGUCGCACUGCUCAACAUGUUCCGUACGGUCAUUUGGAUCAGACUAAUCCUUAUGGUCAACAUGUGCCAACAUCGGCUGCACCGACUAGCGUACCAACGCAUCACUUAACUGCACAGCAGCAGCAGGCUGGACAGUUAGGUGCGCACGCAGCACCCCACAUGGGACCGGGCAGUCAGCAACAACAGCAGCAGCAACAACAACAACAACAGACUCCAACUGGCUUGCCUCAGUCAUCAUUGCCUCCUGGUUUGGGUGCGCCACAGCAGCAACAGCCCACCUCGCAUAUGUUGCAGAGCCAACAACAGCCACAACAGAUCCAACAGCAGCAGCAACAAAAUCAUGUUGGUCUAAUACAGCCGCCAAACCAACAUCAGCAGCUUCCAGGUGCUGGUUUGCCACCGCCGCAUAGUAUAGGAGUGCCACCAAGCUACAGUAGUCAUCAUCAACAGCAGCAGCAACAACAACAACAACAGCAGCAGCAACAGCAGCAACAACAACAGAAUCAGCAGCAACAAAGUAAUGUACAAAGUGUACAAUCCGCCGCAGCGUCAUAUUUGUCCUCAGCCAAGCAUCAGGCUACGUCAUCACAGUUAUCAUCAUCGCCACAAUACCGCGCACCAUUUCCGCAAUUAUCCCCACAAAUGUCACCGCGGCCACCGACAAUGUCACCGCAUCCGCAAAUGUCUCCGCGACCGGGCAUGUCGCCAGCUAAACCGCCACCACAGUCGCAAACGCAAGCGCAAACACAACAGCAAGUAAACUCACCCAAUCAACAGCAGCCGACUCAUCACAGCAUUUCGGGAAUGGUUGGUCUUACACCGCCACGUCCACAACUACCAAAUACUGGACCGCCAAGCUCCAAAUCUAGUGGUGGUCCACCAGUUGUCAACACACUACAAGCACUCGAACAGAUGGUUAUGCCAACGCAGAGCGUUAUGUCUGGUCCGGGCGGUGUACCAAUGGAAUAUCCGUCAGCCUAUCGUCAGGCUUCCAGCCACGCCACAAUGUCACCAAUGGGACCACGCAUGCCGGUUUCACCACAAAAUCACCUACAAUGGAGCCCACAUUUGGGCUUGCCACAGCCACAAAACCCCUCUCCAUUGAAUGUGAAUAGUGGGAUGAGCGCACAGUCGCAGUCGCAGUUGCAGCUCCAACAGCAACAAAUGAAUUUAUACGCCCAGGCACAGGGUAUGACCCAUCAGCAGCCACCGGCUGGACAUCCAUCAUCUAUUGGACCGCCACAACAGCAGCAGCAGCAACAACAACAACCAUCACAGCAGCAAGCGCAACCUCCCCAACCACAACAACAACCUCAGCAUCAGCAAUUAAAUGAGCAGUUACAGCAUUCCAUAAAUGAUAUUGUGGGUAGUGGUCAUCAACAUCAACAACAACAACAGCAGCAGCAACAACAACAACAGUUGCAACAGCAGCAGUUGCCGUCUAUGUCACCUAUGCAUACACAACAGCAACAGCAGCAGCAGCAACAACAACAACAACAACAGGUAUCGCCCUCUACUCAACAACAGCAACAACUGCAUCAUCAACCACCAGGCUUACCGAGCAUCCAUCAUAUAGGUCAUCAUCAGCUGCCACCAGCUACAGACCAUACUACUGCCUCGCUUAUGAACAGAAGCGCGUCUGCACAUGACCCCACAAUUGGCGGUAUACCGACUUCGCAAGCGCAGCAACAACAGCCGACUCUUGUUCAGUCGCAGCUGCAGCAACAAACGUCGCCACAUCAGCAACAGCAACAAUCGCCCCAUCAGCAGACUAUGCUGCAACAGCAGUCGCCAAGACAUCACCCACAAUUAUCACCACAUCAUCCAACCCCGCCCCAACAACAAAUGCAUCAACCAUAUCAACAGCAGCACAACCACCAGUUGCUAGGCGAUCCGUUUGCGGCAAUGUUAACGGCGACCCAAGAUGCACCAGCUAGUCUCCAGUCAAGCUUACAACAACAACAGAUUUCACAAUUGGAGUCGCAGCCGCCGCCGACGUCAACGCCUACGCAGAUCCUAACACAGACGCAGUCAGCGAUUCAGUCACAGUCGCAACCUCAGCCGCAGGCACAACCUCAGCAGCUGCCAUUACCACAACAGCAUCAACAACAACAACAACAGCAGCAGCAGCAGUCAACGCAGCGUGAUGCACAGCUGCCGUUAACACAGCCGUCUAUGUCUCCAGCGCACAUUUCGUCACCCAUGGCGUCCAGCCCAACUGUGACAGCGCAACAACAGCAACUUCAGCAUCAAUCGCUGCAAAUCCAACAACAGCAGCAGCAGCAGCCGCCACAACAGCCCCCAACACCGACAUCAACACCCUCACAUCAUUUGGCUAACAUACUGAACGAAACAGCCAACUCGAACGACUCUUCCACAUUGGCCGUAGUGGCUAACGACAGCAACAACAGCAGCAGCAAUAGUUCGACCAACAGCAUUGUCAACAACCAGCCCACCUCAGUGCAUGACAGUAAUUCGCAAAGCUCGAUCAACAGCAGCCAUCAUCAACAGCAAUCAAUGUCGGGCAUUGAUAGUCUCGGCAAUGCGGUGUUAAAUAGCAACUCGAAUUCCGCCACCGCCACUGGACACGGUGGCCUACUGGACAGCGCUGGCGCCAGUCUCUUCGACAACAAUUCGAUGUCUUCAACAAGCGCCGCCGUGGCUGCAGCAUCUUCGGCCGCGUCAGCUGCGGCUGCCAUGCUAGACAGUAAUUCGCAGUCCUCGUUUAUAGGCGCUGCCACGAAUAUUAAUGAUUUCGAAAAUGCCAGUAAGCUACAACAACAAAUUACUGAAAAUAAGAAUAUCGAAGAUGUCACGGCACAGCAAUGCGCGACAGAGUUGCCCUCAAAUGAACAGUCGGCAGAAAACGGUUUCAAAACACACGACACAACUGCCGAUGUUUCAAAGGCUUUGGAGGAAGAAAGUGCAUCCAUCAAAUCGUGCAAUGCAACGAUUGCAGAUGUGGAAAUGCCAGAAGAAAGAAUUAAGUCGUCAGAUACCACAGUCUCUGAUGUACUGCUGGAGCAAGCAAAAUGCUCAGAAGAGACGCUCUCUGCUACAGAAACUGAACCGCAAAUGACAAUGGUUCCUGAGCAAACGCCCACACAGACAGUGCUGCCACUGUCGGAGCCAACUCCAACGCCAGCGCAGCAAACUGCCGCGCCGACAACAGCAGUGGGCGAUACCCUGACUCAAAUCACUGCUGUACCAAACGUGACAACGGUGGCAACAAAUCCACCACAACAAACAUUCUCGCAAACACCGCCACAGAUGGCGCCAAUGCUGCCUCCACUGUUGCCUCACAAUCCUAUGGCCAAUACGCCCGGCAUGACUGCUAUGGGCUAUGAUGGUACGCAACAGUUGAUGAUGCCACCAUAUGGCGCACCCGUGCCACCGCCGGGUCACAUGUAUCCGCCCUAUCCGCUUUUACAUCAGCAAGAAGUUGCGGCACUGCAACAACAAUUACAAGAAAUGUAUUGCAUGCCACCGACAGGUCCCGAUCACCAAGAGAAAAUCAUGCGUCUACAAGAUCGUUUGAAUAUAUUGCAACAACACGAGCUAAACGAUCAAUGUACUGGCGCCGGACCGCAAUGUGUUCUCUACCAGACCAGCGGCAUACCUGCUCUGUAUGGUAGCAGCAGUGUACUCCACAGCCAAAUGAUGGUUGAGAGUCCGCAAGUGUCGAGCACCACCGGUCGUGGUCGUGGUAAGGGUGCCAAUAAACCUCGCAAACCGCGCACCAAGAAGGAAAAAGCGGCAUUGCAACAAAUGCAACAACCUAACAGCGAUAUUAUGGACAUAAGUGGCAACAUCAUGCCACCAAAUGCGAUUCCAACAACUCAGUUGCCUGUUUCGGAAGAUUGUGUGACGCAGGGCGCUGGUGAUACGUCGGUCGUGGGAAUGCUGGAGUAUAAUGAAGGCAGCGGUGAUCACUCGCAAGACGUUGUGCACUCUGCUAACGAACUCGAUACAUCUACAGAUGAUGCAGGAAAGAAAAAGAAGCCGCCGCGUAAGCCACGAGCACCAAAAGAUCCAAAUAAGCCGCCGCGUGAUCGCACACCCAAAGCGAAAAAGAUCAAAGAUGGUGAACUUAACUCGAGUGAAUCGCUCGCUUCAAUACGACGACGCAGUGGCGCCAAAAAGAAGAAGAAUGGUGAAGACGACGAAAAGGCUGAGGGCAGUGAAGCAGAGGACAACAAGCCGCUUUCCGUCUGCAAAUCAGAUGCCGCAGAACAAAGCGGCAAUGCCACAAAUGAUGUCUCUGAUGGCGGCAAUAAGCCUGAAACUACAACAUCGGACGAUCCCAAUAGCGAAGUUAAAUCUACCAAUAUCGAUGGUGACGCCCCUGACUACGAUGAUAUACCAGUGUCAAAAAUACCAACAACGCGUACGCCUAUGGACGAUGAGAAGUCUGGAGAAGCCGGUGAUGAGACUAUAGACUCAAUACCUGAUUCUGCCGGCGAUUCCGCAACCACGCCAAGUCGUAGAAGCAAGAAACGUUCAGGUGGUCGCAAUCGUGGUAAUAACAGCGAUGACGCUACCUACACCACACGUCGCAGAGGUCAGCUCUCUGCACGUGCACUUAAGAAACGCCGUAAUCGCGGUCGCAUCGUACCCGAAUCGGAUGGUGAGGAUGACACGUUGGCUAGCACGCCACCACCAUCACCACCACCCGACUCCGAAACGGACACAAAUAAACGACGCUCUUCCCGUAAUACCCAACGAAAGAAGUAUAUUGACGAUGUAAUGCUACGAUUCUCCGACGAUGAUUCGUCCUUGAUGGCGUCGCCGGUUAAGAAAGAAAAGAAAAGUUCGAAUGCAGCAGCAGCUGCAGCGGCUGCGGCAGCCAUAGCUCCACCAAGCAACGAUGCCGACAAAGAUGCCAGUGCCGCGAAUUCCGGUGCCGAAGGUGAAAGCGCCACUACGGAUGAAAAGCCUACAACGGCAGAAACUGAAGACGGAACGGCCACCGAAGCGAGCUCCAGUACAGCAACGGAUAAAGACAAGUCCGCAUUAGAAGCGCCUCCACCACUAUCUUCUAAGCCUAACUACGUGUAUAUCAAUACCGGCGAUGAGGAUAGUAUGGUAGUGCAGUAUGUAUUAGCGGUGCGCAUGGGAAGACGUGAACUUAUACCGGAUCCACCACCAACACAACCCAAGGCUGAGAAGGAUGCAAAAGAAGAUAACAAGGAGGAUACAACUGUUGAAAAAUCCGAAGAAACAGAUAAAGAAAAACCGAUUGAAGAACUGAAGAAAGAGGGCGAAGAUGCAGCUGAAGACCACAAAAUGGAUGUGGAUGCUGAAAAAUUAGAAAAAGAAUCUGAAAAGACUGAUGCCAUCGAAAAUAACGCAGAAGAAGAAAAGGCUCCUGAGAAAAUGGAGAUCGACGAGAACGUUAAAAGUAAUGAUGUUGCAGAAAAGAAAGUAAAGGAAAGUGAAGAUUCCACAAUGGAUUCUAAAGAUGCUGAAGUCAAAGAUAGCGAAAAUAAAGAAGACCAUGACAGCGGUAAAACUGAAGACGAAAAGAAUGAGGAAGUGGCUACAGAAAACAAAAAUGAAACAGAAAAGAACGUGGACGAAGACAAAUCCACCGAGAGUAACGCUAAUAAACUAGAAGAACCAGAGAAAAAUUUACCUGAAGAUAAAAUUGAUACAGAGAGUAAAGAUACAGCGGAGAAAAUGGAUGUUGACGAGGUGGAAGCUAAAGUUGAAGCCGAAAAAUCCGAUGACUCUGCUCAGCAGGACUCGGAUGAGAAAGCUGACGUUUCUGAACCGAAAGAACUUAAAGAUGGUGAAGCUGCAUCCGUGACUGAAAAGGAUGCAGAGAAAGAAAAUGAUGGUGAAAAAGCCAAAGAGGAGGACAAAAAAGAUAAGAGCGAUAAAGAUAAAGAUGAUGAUGAUGAGAGGAGCAAAGACGCAGAUUCUAGCACAACAAAACCAGAACCAGUUUACAUCGACGUUGAAGAAUUCUUCGUUAAAUAUCGGAACUUCUCUUAUCUGCAUUGCGAGUGGCGCACCGAAGAGGAAUUGUUCAAAGGCGAUCGCAGAGUUACUGCCAAGAUACGCAGAUUCCAGCAAAAACAAGCACAACAAAUGAACAUAUUCGAUAGCAUCGAGGAAGAUCCCUUCAAUCCCGAUUUUGUAGAAGUCGAUCGUGUAUUGGAUAUGUCCGUGCACACAGAUGAAAAUACCGGCGAAACGACAAAGCAUUAUUUGGUAAAAUGGAAGUCCUUACCUUACGAAGACUGCACGUGGGAGCUGGAAGAGGAUGUGGAUGAUGAUAAGAUUGAGCAGUAUAUGCGUUUCAAUAAAUUACCACCACGUCCCGAGUGGAAAAACAAAAAACGUCCACAUCCCGAGCAAUGGAAGAAACUCGAAAAGACGCCCGUCUAUAAGAGUGGCAAUACGUUGCGUCCGUAUCAGUUGGAGGGUUUAAAUUGGUUGAAGUUCUCGUGGUAUAACUCACAUAACUGUAUCUUAGCUGAUGAAAUGGGUUUAGGAAAGACCAUACAGAGUUUAACAUUCGUACAUUCGGUAUACGAAUAUGGCAUACGUGGUCCCUUCCUCGUUAUUGCACCGCUAUCGACUAUACCAAAUUGGCAGCGCGAGUUUGAGGGUUGGACCGAUAUGAACAUCGUGGUCUAUCACGGUUCUGUAACGAGCAAACAAAUGAUACAAGACUACGAGUUCUAUUACAAAACCGAAAGCGGUAAAGUGCUUAAAGAGCCCGUGAAAUUCAAUGUACUAAUUACGACAUUCGAAAUGAUUGUUACUGAUCACAUGGACUUGAAAUCGUUCAAUUGGCGUUUGUGUGUCAUCGAUGAGGCGCAUCGUUUGAAAAAUCGUAAUUGCAAGUUGUUGGAAGGACUCAGACAAUUGAAUUUAGAACAUCGUGUGCUACUCUCAGGUACACCACUGCAAAAUAAUAUAAGUGAGCUGUUCUCUUUGUUGAAUUUCCUCGAGCCGAAUCAAUUUUCUUGCCCCGAGGAAUUCAUGCGUGAAUUCGGUAGUCUGCAUACCGAAGAGGAGGUGAAUAAAUUGCAAGCUCUACUGAAGCCAAUGAUGUUACGUCGACUCAAAGAUGAUGUCGAAAAAUCGCUUGCUCCCAAGGAGGAAACCAUCAUCGAAGUCGAACUCACAAACAUACAAAAGAAAUACUAUCGUGGUAUUUUGGAACAGAACUUUUCUUUCCUCAAAAAAGGCACAACCUCCGCGAAUAUACCCAAUCUCAUGAACAUGAUGGAGCUGCGCAAAUGCUGCAUACAUCCGUAUCUGUUGAAUGGCGCCGAAGAGCAGAUACAAUACGAUUUUCGCGCGCAACAUGGCGAUGAUCCCGAAUCGUAUUAUAAGAAUCUUAUACAAUCCGCUGGUAAAAUGGUGUUGAUCGACAAACUGCUGCCAAAGCUGCGCGCGAAUGGUCACCGUGUGCUGAUUUUCAGUCAGAUGGUGCGCUGUCUAGAUAUACUGGAAGAUUAUUUGGUGUAUCGCAAGUAUCCAUUUGAGCGUAUCGAUGGACGCAUUCGCGGUAACUUGCGUCAAGAGGCCAUCGAUCGCUACUCCAAGCCUGGUUCAGAUCGUUUUGUUUUCUUGCUGUGUACCAAAGCUGGUGGUUUGGGCAUUAACUUGACUGCAGCCGACACAGUUAUCAUUUACGAUUCCGAUUGGAAUCCACAGAACGAUCUACAAGCGCAAGCGCGUUGUCAUCGUAUCGGUCAGCGUAAAAUGGUAAAGAUUUAUCGUCUGCUCUGCCGCAAUACAUACGAACGUGAGAUGUUCGAUAAGGCUUCGCUUAAGUUGGGUUUGGAUAAAGCCGUCUUGCAAUCGAUGAAUACGCACAACUCCAAGGACGGUAGCAACAGGCAGUUGUCGAAGAAGGAAAUUGAAGAUUUGCUGCGUAAGGGCGCCUAUGGUGCUGUAAUGGACGACGACAAUGCUGGCGAUAAGUUCUGCGAAGAAGACAUUGAUUCGAUUUUGAAACGGCGCACACAAGUUAUUACAAUGGAAUCCGAGAAGGGUUCAACAUUUUCGAAGGCGUCAUUUGCUGCUUCCGGCAAUCGGUCGGAUAUCAAAAUCGAUGAUCCCGACUUCUGGACCAAGUGGGCCAAGAAAGCGGAUAUUGAUCCGGAUGCUUGUGAACGUGACGAAACCGAAGAUCUUGUGCUCUCAGAGCCGCGCAGACGCACGCAAAUCAAACGCUAUGGUCACGAGGACGUCAUGGAAAUCAACUCCGAUGACUCUUCCAACGAUAAUAGCGAUGAAGAAGGUGGCAUAAGUUUACGUUCAAGACGACGCAAGGAAAAACGCAUGCGUGAACGUGAGCGCGAAAAGAAAACAAGCAUAAACGACGAGUACAUACCAAGAGAGCGCGAUGCUUUAGCCUCGCUGGGUUUGGAUGAAAUCCAAUACGGCAAUUGGGCCAAAUCGGAGUGCUUCAAAGUGGAAAAGGGUCUGCUAUCAUUCGGCUGGGGUCGUUGGCCCGAAAUUCUCGAAUUAGGCCAAUUUAAGCGCGGCUGGCGUGAAAUGGACGUUGAAGACUGCGCCAGAAUAAUUCUGCUCUAUUGCUUGCAAGUGUAUAAGGGUGAUGAGAAAAUCAAGAAUUUCAUUUGGGAUCUAAUAACACCGACUGAGGAUGGUGAAGUGCAGAAGAUCAGCAGGGAUCAUAGUGGCCUACAUAAUUUGGUGCCACGAGGUAGGAAUGCAAAAGGUCGUAAUGGUGGCAAGGCGCAAAAAGAGCUGGCAAAUGCAGCUGCUGCGGCUGCUAGCGCCACGCCAACCAACAAAACGGAGGCUGAUAAGGAUGCGGGCGCCAGCACGAGCGCCGCCACAUCGGCAACCGCAUCACCGACCAAUGCCACUUUAUCGCCGUCAAGUGUAACCACACCGAUUUCGACUUCGAAUCCCAAUGCCAGCGCUAGUCAAAAUGCGCUCACCGAUCCGAAUCACUGGAGUAAGCAGGAGAAAUUCGAUGCCGAUGCGUUUUUGGAAUGUGCUUAUAAGAAGCACUUGAGCAGACACGCGAAUAAAGUACUUUUGCGCGUGCGUAUGCUCUAUUACAUUCAACAUGAGGUUAUCGGCGACCUAGUGCAGCAAAUCAAAGAUAACACACCCGUCAGCUAUCGCGCCUUCUCUCACACAGAAAAUAACACAAAAAGCGAGCUCCCCAUUCGCCCGCCCGCAACGCCCGAUCAAGUGCCAGCAUCAUGGUGGAAUCCCGCAUGCUGUGAUAAGAGUCUUUUGGUCGGAACAUACAAGCAUGGAUGUGAAAUGUACCGUCAAAUACGCGCCGACCCGAACUUGUGUUUCGUGAGUCAUGUUGGCGCCGGUGAUGAUACGGCCGUAACGAAUUUGCCGACGAACGAAGACGAUGCAAACUCCAAACACGAGGAUGCCGAAGAGAUUGACGACGAUGGCACCGCGACCAAAGACUCUGAUUCCACCAAAUUAACGGCUGGUGACAACAAAGACUCACUCGAUCCCGAGCGUCCCAGUUCAUCGGGUAAGAGCAAAAAACGGGCGAAAAGCGAAGCCGCUGACGCUGGUAGUGUUGGUGUCGUCGCUGCGAACACUGUGGCUACUGUCGACGGCACCGCCGACGCAACUAAUAAGGCGCAAACAAAUGAAAACGAAAGUGAACAAUCUAAAGAAUCUGAUGAAAAUCAGACAAUUAAAGAAAAUAUUGAGAAUUCGGAGAAGAAGAAAGAAGAAUCAGAAACAAAAGAACAAAUUACAAAUGAAACCAAUGAUGCUGAUGCCUCCGUUGAGAAUGUUGAAAAUGAAUCGACAACACUGGCAACCGAUGGUGUUUCGUCAUCCACCACCACCACCAUCGCAACUGAGACAGCAACCACAACAACAAACGAAGCACCAGUUGCGAUGGACACAGACGAUACAGCAGUCGAUGGCAAAUCGGAGACCACCACGGUUGCCACUGUUGGUGGAGAUUCAACUUCAACUGAUACAACGGCGCCCUCAACAUCAACAUCGUCAUCACCCGCCGAUAAUAGCGGCACUGAAGCCGCCGCAACGGCUAAGAUUGACAGUGCUUGUGAAAUGACGACAGAAAAUGAUAUUGAAACGCCGGUCGGUGCUGUCGAUAGUGCAACAGCCACCAACACAAACGCUACCGCCAUUGAAUCCACUGCAAGCAGCAGUAGCACUACAGCUAAUGCUUCCAUUACCAUAACCACACCCACUUCUAAUACAAAUAAUGAACAAACGCAAAAUGACACUCUUAAUUCGACCACCGUAGGCUUAGAUGAAGAAGAAAGUGUUGCAAGUAGUUAUCCACCGACGACAAUGGCAGUGGAAGAUGCCACCAUGUGGCCAUCCAUGCAAGAUUUGAAUACGCGCUUGAGGCGUGUCAUAACAGCCUAUCAGCGUAAUUAUAAGAAAGAAGAAUUGAAACAACAACAAAAAGCCAAGCUGCAAGCGUUGGUCUCGUCCACACCGCCAUUAUCGGUGCCCACUACGCCAACUCUACAAUCCAUGCAAAUGCAGAUGCAAAAUGCUGCUGCCACUGCUGCUGGCGGCGUCGGUGUCGGCAGUGGUGCCGCCACAGGAGCACCACCAUCCCACCAACAACAAGCAAACACCAUCGAACCGGGCAAUCGUAGCCUACAAGCGUUGAUACAACAGAAUACGAAUGUCCUUAGCGGCAACGGCAAUGCUGGUGUUGGCGGCCGACAAACACCACAACAGUUAUCAACAGGUGCCAGCACAUCAGCCGCCGCAGCGGCCGCAGCUGCAGCUGCAAAUGGCGGCAACUCGAAUGUCGUUAAUGUACCGAAUAUUGGUCAAGGCAUGACAACAAGUGGUGUUGGUGGUGGUCAACAUUUGGCUCAAUCGUUGCAACAUUCACAGCUAAAUACAUCGCAGGCACAACAGCAACAGUCGCAACAGCAUCAGCUGCAACAACAACAACAACAAACGAUUGGUCACCAACAGCAACAGCACCAGCAACAACAACAGCAGCAGCAGCAGGCAGCAGCAACAGCCGCUACGGUUGCAGCACAGAUGCCAACUGCCGCCGAUAUUGGAUUAAUGUUGAGCUUAUUAAAUACGACCGAUGUCAGUCAGUUGGCUAAUUUGGAUCUGAAUAAACUGGCCAUGUAUUUGAAAAUGGAACGUCAAGGCAAAAUGGAGUUGGCAGCCAAGGAACGCGAGAGCCAACGUCUACAACAAAUACCCAAGAAGUGGAAUCGCCGCGAAGAAUAUGAAUUCUUGCGUGUACUCACUGGUUAUGGUGUAGAUCUGCAGCCACCUACCUCGCUGGGCAUCGUAUUGGCGCCAGACUGGACGAAAUUUAAGCAAAUGGCGCAUUUGGAACGCAAAAGUGAUGAAACUUUAAGCGAUUACUACAAAGUAUUCAUAGCGAUGUGCAAGCGCAAGGCCGGUGUCAAACUCAAUGAAAAUGAACGUGGUCUUGAGGGCAUCAUUGAUGAAAUCAGUGAAGAUCACGCCAAACUCAUACUGGAGCGGCUGGAAUUGCUCUCGAAAUUGCGUGAAGUCGCUAGACAUCCACAGCUGGAGGAACGUCUGAAGUUGUGUCAGAUGAAUGCAGACACACCGGACUGGUGGGAGCCGGGCAAACAUGAUAAAGAACUCAUAGCGGCCGUGUUGAAGCAUGGUCUUUACCGUUCGGAGACGUUCAUUUUCAAUGAUCCGAAUUUCAGUUUUGCUGAAUCCGAAAAGCGUUUUAUACGCGAAUUAGAGGCACAAAUACAACGCUCAAUCAAGCUGGAGUCUUUCAAUGCUGAGCGAUUGCCAGCGUCGAUGCCCAUUGUGAAGGGUGAGAUAAUCGAUUUAGACGAUGAAUUGCUAACAAAAGAUAGCCUAAUCAAAAAGGAACAAUUCACACCUGUUAAAACUGAAGUGAAAGCCGAACCUCUGGCAGAAGUUGGCGAUAAACUCAGUGCAACAAAAGCCGAAUUAGAAACAUCGGCAUCUGAGACCGAUGAACAGGUCAGUAAGAACGCUGAUGACCAUAGCGAUGUCAGUGAAGAACGCAAAUCAAGCGCUGAGCAGACAGUAAAUAGUGAAAUGGCGGCUCAAGAUGCUGCCAAGGAUUUGGUUGCAGGAAACAAAGACGCUGAUGUGAUACAUGAGAUACCAGAUGAUGACCCAGAGACCGAUACUUUAAGCGCGCACGAUAAAUCAACUGACGAGAUUUCGGCUGAAAAGCUUUCCGCUACUGCGACAGAGCCAACUACUGAUGCAGUAUCCAAAGACGAAUGUGAAAAAAUGGAUGUUGAUGAAAAUGCGAUCGCGGAAAAAGACACGGACGAUGCUGAGCGUGAGCAGUCCAAAGAAGUGACGACGAACGAUGUUGGUGGCUCACCCGAAACUGAGCACAGUGCUGCUGAGAAGUCAGAAAUCUCAGAAAAAACUGAAUCAACUCCUACCGUUGAAACGGAAUCUAAUGCAGAUAAUGAUGACGAUAAAAAGUCAACUUCUUCGGCUAUUGAUAGUGAGAAAAACAAAUCUGCUGACAGCGAAGAUGUUGUCAUUGCACAAGAAGACGGAACGAAUAAAGAUGCCGUUGUCGCUUCUAAUGCAGAUGCUGAAGACAUCAAAUCUAAAGUAGAUGAUCUAACAAUCGAAGAUGAGAGCGGUGUUAAACCAGCAGCAGCUGAAAAAUCAACGGCUGGUAAAGAAAUACUGGAUUUGGCCGCGCCCAACACCGGUGCCACUGAUCCCGAUGAUGAGGAGGUCAUGAAAGAAAAAGAAAAGGCUGUUGAAGAGGAGUGCAAAAAGCAAGCUGCUGAAUUGAAGGCACGUUUCCCAGAUUUAGAGGUUAUACAACCAGCUAACGUCAAACAAAAGCAGGAUAAACCCAAAUUGGAAAUGUGUAUGAUACGUUGGUUUAAAGACUUCGCGCUGGAACGCCGGAUUUCGCACAUUGUCAUCUGCAUUGAGACUAACAAGUGGCCCGUAAAUAGAAACUACACCGCAUUUGCCGGUUGUAAGGGUAUUGAUCUGAAUAUCUGUCUGCACGAGGCCAUACCACAUCUUAAAAAUAUUGAGCGCGCACCAACGACGCCCGAUGUAAUCACCAUAACUACCGAACAGGGUGUUACAAAACAACUGCAAACAUCGCAGAUGCAACAAGUCGCUGGCACCGUGCCAGCUCCAACAGUACCGGUAACCACUCCGCCUGUGGUUAAUGCAAAUAUUACAGGACUGGGACUGCUACCACCACCAGCAGCCGUAGCUGGCAUUAAUGGCGCUGGCAAGGGUAUUGGUAGUAUGGCUGCGCCACCGUUGGACGCCAACAGCAUAAAUGCUGCAGUUGCGGCUGCCGUUGCUGCAGCUGCCGCCGGCAACAAUCCAAAUGCACUCUCAGCGAAUACGCUAUCAGCACUGUUACCCGGCAUGACCAUGACGCCAGCCACCGCAGCAGCGGCGGCGGCCUUGAACAACGCACCAGUGGUGCCGCAGGCCGCGAAUAUGCCGAGCACUGUGCCAUCGCCCUUACCACCGGUCACACAGAGUACGGGCAAGAAACGUAAACGACAUAUAGCCAUCGAUGUGGAGACUGAGCGUGCCAAACUACACGCCUUGUUAAAUAGUUCCCAAAAUAUGGGCCUCAAAGAUUGGGAGACUGAAAUUGCAAAUAUGGAGCCAUUAGCUGCCACGGCGCAGCCUUCAGGACGACGUAGCGCUUCGGCUGUAUCACCGGCGGCGCCGGCAGCAUCUGCCACUAAUAUGUCACUGCAGCCACCACCUGCGCAUCAACAUGCCUCGUUAGCGCGCCAAUCAUCCGGACAAUUCAGCAAACCGGCCAUACCACCACUCAAGACGCCACCAACGCAAAUGGGUGCACCCAUGGACUUGUCCUCAAGUUUGCCGCGCAUGAACAUGACCGACAUACUGAAGUCAGCAUCUAACGCGUCCGGUGCCAUUGAUUUGAGCGAAGUACAAGACUUCUCAAUGCCUUCGAAGAAGUCGUCGACCUCACAUUUACAGGCUUCACUGAGUUCCGCUUUUCCAUCUAUGGGCGGCAAGAGCAAACUUGAUGACACCCUCAACAAAUUAAUGAAGAAGAAUAAUUGCACUAUUGAAGAACCCGUUAUCGGCAAGGAGAAGAAACGCAAGAAGCUCGAUGAAAUCGUGUUGGGUCUAUCAGCAGCCAAGGAACAGAAAACCUUCCCUGAUCCCUCGCUGCCGUCAUCAAAGAAGCCGCAAAUACCACCAAGCGUCUCGGUAACGCCAGCCAAUCUGCCGACUUCGGCUUCCAAUCAAAACCAACAAAAUCAAAAGCCGUUUACUAUCACUGUUACGACAGUGCCUGGAAAAUCUAAGUCUGGUAGCAAUUCUUCAAUGCCUUCGCCAGCGUCCGCGCCUUCGUUGUCCAACAGCAACAUGCCAUUGAUGAGCGGCGGUUUGUCAUUAAAAGAUAUUAAUGCCUUUGUUGCCCAAACCAUGGCUUCGGAUCCGCAGACCUUACUUAAGCAACAGCAAAAGAUGAUGCAGUGCUUGCCACCGGCGCAACGCAAAGCAUAUGAAGCCAUGUUCGCCGAAAUAGAACAAGCCAUGAAGUUGAGCGCUAAAUAUAACGUGCCUGACUCUAAGGUAAAUAAAUGGUUGACGGACAUGAGUACACCACUGACUGACCAGUUGAAUAUGGACUUCAGCAAUGCCGCGGCAGCGAGCACGAGUAGCAAUACAAACAGUCGACGUUCGAAUCGGCAGCAGAGCAGUAACGCGUCCCAUCAAUCAUCGGUGGCUCAGAUGAAUAAAGCCGCCGCUGCGCAAUCCGCACAAUCGCAUGCACAUCAGCAACAACAACAGCAGCAAUCGGCUAUGGCUGGCCCUCAAGGCCUGACCGGCGAAGAGCCGGUGCCUGUGGUCAAUAAACAGACCGGCAAACGUAUUUCGGGCAGCAAAGCGCCACAACUGAAGCGUCUGAUGCAAUGGUUAACUGAAAAUCCUGCUUACGAGGUUGAUCCCAAAUGGUUGGAACAAAUACAGAAUCCCAUGUCGAUACCAUCGCCCAAACUUAGCUCUGUGGACAACAGUAAUUAUGCGUCAACAAGUAAAUCGUCGCACGGCGGUCGACCAUCGUCCACGUCGAGCAGCUCGUCUUCUGGCGCGCACACGCAACAGCAACAGUCCUCAUCGGCACAAUCGUCACCAGCGCCGUCGCCCACUGUGUCUUCCAAGAAGUCUUCACGGCAAUCGGCGAUCGAUCAGGCAAAUGCCGCCAUGCAAUUUGGCUCAUUGGCUGGACUAAACCCGAAUCUAUUAGCCAGUUUACCAGGCCUUGGUGCAUUUGAUCCAAAGAACCCGCUGGGCGCCUUUGAUCCAAAGAAUCCUUUGCUCUCAAUGCCAUUUGCCGGCAUGCCCGGUAUGGGUAACAUACCUGGACUGAAUAAUUUGAACAACAUGAAUCUGUUUGCCAGCUUAGCAAGCAUGGGUGGACUCGGCAACUUGGCUACUAUGGAUCCGCAAACACUAGCCGCAUUAAUGGCUGCUGGAUCGACGUUAGCUGGUUUGGGUGGCCCGAAUGCCGGCACCGGCAACACUGGUACUGGUAAGAACUCACAAUCUGGUGGCUCAUCGAGCAAGAAAAACAAAAAUGAUGCACAGCAAAAUGCCAUGAGUUUGGGUGCAUUGACAGGAAAUACUGGCAACAGCAGCAAUACUGGUGGCAACAGUGGAAACUCGUCGAAUAAAAACGCCAACGCUGCAGCUGCGGCAGCAUCGCAACUGACAGGCUGUUUCCCGUAUCUGUUCCCUAAUCCGUCAUUACUUUAUCCACCAAUGGGUCUUGGCGGCUUGAAUCCCUAUUCAUUGGGUUCAUCGGGUCUUGGCUCAGCGUAUGAUCAAUUAGCGCAACAAUACAACCUAUUAAAUGGUGGCGCAGGUGUAACCUCAUCGGCAGGCAACUCCUCCACAACGCAGUCAAAAUCGCAUCAAUCUCAAUCGAAAUCCAGUAAUUCGCGUGCAUCCACAUCGUCCGCCUCAUCAGCUGCCUCUGUAGCAAGUCUUAUGAACGCAAUGGCGAGCAUGGGUGCAGCCGGUCAACCACCAACCAGCGUAAGCAGUUCGCAGUCCUCAUCGCGCAGUAGCGGUCGUCAGUCGGCGGCAAGUCGCGCUGCCGCUCAGGUAGCUGAAAUGGCACAGCUUUCAAGUCUGUUAUUACCGGGCACAGAUCCUCACCUGCUGGAAGCACUUAGCCGCAUGGACUUAGCACAAAGUACACGUUUACUGAGCUCCUUGGGCAUACCACCAAUCGCUACGCCUUCAGUACAAUCAUCAUCGGCUGAUAAACGUUCGUCCAACAGCAAUUCAGCUGCCUCAAUAGCUGCGGCCCAGCAAGCACAGGCAGAGAAGCAGGCCGCAAAGGAGCAGCAAAAGUGGAUGGAGAGUUUGGCACGCGGUCAACUACCCACGGACUUGGCCACAUUGCAAGCCUUUUCACAAGGCAAAUUCCCUGCCUCAUUGACGGGUGGUAGUCAACCGUCCUCCACGUCAUCGUCGGCGACAACUUCGUCGGCUUCGUCGAGCAAGAACGCCUCGAAGGCGGCGGCUGCUGCGCUAGCUGCACAAUUGCCGCAAAUACUUGGUUUGCCAAGUGAUUUUGCACCAGCAAUGAUAGCCGACAUGGCUCAUGCGUUGACCGCUCCUGGUUCGUUGGCUAGUUUGGCGGGCUUGACUGCGCCACCAACCAGUAGCGCAUCAUCAAUGAUGGGCGGCGGCGGCAGCAGCAGCACUUCGAGUUCAUCGAAACGCCAACGAGGCGGCGCCGGCGGUGGCAGUGGCGGUGGUAGUACUAAUAGUAAUAUGCUUGAUCCCGAUGCCUUGACCAAGGAUGCCUUCAAACAACAAAUGGAGUACUAUACAAAAACAUUAGGACUUGGAUCCGGCAUCUCGCUAAUACCCACCUCAGUUGCGACAAGUAUGAGCACUAGCGGCGUAUCCAAUUCGCUUUCGAAUGCACAACUUGAUGACCAUCACAAAUCGAAGCGUUCACGUGUCGAUUCACAUGCGGCUGCAUUAGCAAACGCCAAGGAUGAACUAUCCGCUGCAAUGUUGGCUAGUGGCCUGCCCCUCAAUCUUGGCGGCGGCAUGACCAGCAUAGAGAAGAGUCUACGCAGCGGCAGUAUCGGCAUGGGUGGCGGUGGUGGUGGUGGCGCUACGAUGCCCGAAGCCGACAAAGUCACAUUAACACCACUCAACUCCGCUGGCAUUGCGGCCAACCUGCCAUCGCAGACCACCAUCACCAUUGCGCCACCGAUCAGUUCCGGUGCCAGUUCCAGCAGUGAACGCUCCGAACGCAGUGAAUCGCGCAUCUCAUUGACCAUCACAAAUGCUGCCGAUGCGGCGAAAUUGCCGCCACCUUACGAGGAAGCCGACGAGCUAAUAAUACAACCCAUACUGAAGAAGCCGCAAAAUACACCAACAUCGACGGCGCCCAGCAUUGCAUCAAGCACACACGGCAGCGUCGAAGACUUGGAAGCAGCUGUAGCUGCUAGCAUGGGCGGUGGUGCUGGCACCAGUGGCACCACUACACCCACGCCAUCAACAUCUGCAGCUGCAGCAGCGGCCGCGGCGGCGGCAGCAGCUUCCGCCAACGAAGAACAUCGUCGCUCAUCCAGCCGUUUGAAACGACCACGCACGGGCAAUGAUCAUUCACUUAGCGAACAACCGCCCGAAAAGCGACGCGAAUUGCGCUCAACGCGUCACACGCGCCAAUCGAGCGGCAGCCUAGAGACAUCGCUGAAUUUGUCAACAAAUAGCGAGGCUGAUGAGAAGAACGAAUGAGUACUGCGACGUACCACGCGACUGAUGACGAGUAAAUAGGACAAACAUGCGCGCAAGAAGCGGCUACAAAAACAAAAGAUAAUUAAUAAGAAGCAUUAAGAAUUUGCAAGUAUAGUUAUGCAAGGAUCAAAGUGAAAACGAGGAGAGAGGAGUCAACAGAAAUUACUAGUAUUAGCUAAAAAAUUUCCUGUACGUUUACUGGUUCAACGCCACCAACUAAACGAGUUAUCGAAUGCUUACUGCUGCUGCUGCUGCAAUUCGGUACUCGCUUACAAGUGAAAUGCGUUUUCUAAAAGUUGCUGCAAAUUCACAGAAAACCACACACAUUUCACACUAUUGUAAUGCAAUGCUGCCAGGGCAGAAAGAGUGUUGUGCGCGUGCAAGCGCGAAAUGGCAACUGCUGCAAACGCCAUUUGGUCGCUUGAGCGCCGGCCGACCAGUCUGCCCAUCACCAAAACACAUGUGCUUGUCAAUUAUACUGCUGCGUUUCAAUUCGACAAGUGGCAUACGUUUCUCUUUGUUGAACUCUCAGCUGCAGUUGCGCGCCUCUCUCCUCACUCUUAUAUCUAAUAAUAUAUAUACAUAUGUAUGUAUAAGUUCUCUCUGACAUAGUAAAUAUUGAAGGGCUGAGCAGAGUGUUGAACGGAAAUCUAUUAUGAAAAGCGCUUAUAAUUAUAAACAGAUUAUAAAAAAAUGAACAGUUAUUAUUAUAAAUUAUUGCUAAAAGAAAACAAAAACAACAAAAAAUAUUAAUAUUAAUCAAUUUAGCUUAUAACGACAAUUUAAUUUAAUUGGAUUGCUUAAUAAUUUACGUUAAUAUUGUAGCAUGCACAAGCUAGACUACAGACCGUAACGAUAAAAAUGGAGCUUACGACGUUUAUAAUACUGAUAUCGAUCAUUGUAACGCAUAAUGAUAGUUGUAGUUGUAUUGUAAUGUAUUGUAUUUGUAAUAAUGAUGAGCGUAAUUCUCGAAAUCGCUUGCAGAAUUUAAAUACAAAAACCGAAAAGCGUAAAUAAUUGAAUAGAAAACUUACACAUAUACAAUUAUAUAUACAUACAUAUACAUAGAUAUAUUUUCUUAAACGUGUGUAUUUUAUAAAUUAUAUAAUAUAUAUUUUUUAUUUUUAAACUUUUAAUUUUUAAUAACCUAAUUAUUUGUUUUGAUUAUAUUAUGGUAAUUAUUACAGUUUAUAGUGUCAAAGAAACAAAAACAAAUAUUAUUAAUAAUAAAGUAAUGCAAAUGCAGGCAUAUUAAGAAUAAGUUAGCAAACAAGUCUGUUGUCAUUUAAUACAAACAAAGAAAAAAUACCUAACCUAACAAUUUUUUGAUUUUAUUGGUGAUUUUCUAUUUUCACACACUUGAAAUUUAUUUUAUUUGUGAUUUUCUAUUUUCACACACUUGAAAUUUAUUUUAUUUGUGAUUUUCUAUUUUCACGCACUUGAAAUUGUUGCAGCAGCGUUAGCCGCAAGCAAAAUCGAAUUUGCACCACUUUAGCAAUAUUUUUUUCUGCAAUUAGCGCCGGAAGUGUGUGUAAGUUUAGGGCGCUGCAAUGUCACACGUUGUUGACAUAUAACAGUUAAUCACAGGCAUACACAUUUUCAUACUUCCAAUGUUGUCAUGCAGCAAUUUUGCAGGCGCUUAAAGCAAAUUCUAACAACUUUUUUCAAGCAAACUUAAUUUUGAUUAAUUGCAAUACAAUUAAUUUGCAACGCCACUUGUAGCGUCUCCUAGAGCUUUUGCUUUAAGUGAAAGUUUCCCAAAUUUAUUAUUUUUUUUUUUUCAAUUUUUUUGAGACUAGUACAACAAUUUGUGCACGUGCACCCUAAGCAAGCGCCACCACUUAGUAAUAGUUUCAUUGUAAACUUAGCUAGCCUCCUUUAUUAUUAAUAUUCACUACUAAUUUGUAAGCAUAAUGCCGCAUAAACACGUAGCAGAACUACAAACAAACCAAUAUGCAUACACACACAUAUUUUAUUUCAAUUGACAUUGUAUUUGCAUUUUUAGUUUAUAUUUUAUAUAAAAUCCAAUAAAUGCAUUGAUAUUUGCGCUCACUUUUUAAAUGUGCAUACAUACAUACACAUACGUACAUCGUUAUAUACAUAUGUAUAACGUUGUCUUGUACCAUGAUUGUCUUUGAUAAAUGUUAUUUUAAUUUUACUUUUAAUAAAACAAAUUAUAAUUUAAAUAUUUUAUUUCUGAAUAAAUUUUUUAUAACUAUUUUGUA